AUGAUACGAAUGAGAGAUUUUUAUGAACAUACACCAAAAUCGUCAGAAUCAGUACUACUACUACAACUACCAUCAAGUACUUCAACUCUAUGUGCAACAUCAACUUACAGUUCGUCCAAUUGGACGGUACCAACAUUACCAACGAGUUCACGUGUUGCAAUGUAUACUACUAGAUGUCUUCGUUCGAUGACUAUGACAGAUGACCAUGAACGUACUACGGGAGUAUGGGGUUCGCGUAAAUACAUUUGCAAUGAUUGUCAAACGACAUUUACGUUAAAGGCAUCAUUGGUUAGGCACAAAACUUUUGAAUGUAACAACAAACAACAAAAUUAUCAUCGUCAAGGAACAACGAACAAUCAAAAAGUGAUCAUCAGUAAUCAAAGUUGUACGACAACGUUAACAGGUGUAUCAAUUAAAACAACGACUAUUGCUACUGCUCCCAGUAUGGCUGAUAUAUUAGUUGGAAAAAAAAGAUCAACCAGUAGGCACGUUUGUUCUAAAUGUCACAAAUCUUAUGCAUUUUUCACGUCAUUAUGGAGGCAUCAAAAUUACGAAUGCGGAAUAGAACCACAAUUUAAUUGUCCAAUUUGUGCAGCCAAAUUUGCACAGAAAAGUAACUUGGAUCGUCACGUAAAACAUAAACAUUAG